UUCGUUCAAUUACCCGGUUACUAAAGAGAAUUUUCGGGCUCUAAAUUAUUUUGUGUAUGCUAAAAAGCGGUUAAACUUCACCGUCUCAACUUUAAAAUAAGAGAGAAAUUCAUAAAGCUCUUUAUUCUUUCCGCGCCGGGUCUCGCAAAGGCAGACUUGUUAAUUGUUUCCACCAAGUGACAUGUCUUAUCAUAAACAUAAUUUAUUUUUGUGCAGGUGUGCACUCCGAAAAAAAAGUUUCCUUGCUUAAACUGAAGGGAAUUUGCAUAAUUUCCAUCUCCGCACGAAACAAACCGCAGAGACCAACUUUCGCGCGAUUAUUGAGUAGCACUGACUCCACCGUUAGCCCGCGAAACCAUGGCAUAUCAAAGAACUGAAUACGCAGACAAAACAAUGUUUAUGAACUCAAUGGCGGACAGAAAACUGAAGAUUCAACUCGACUCCAUUGAUUACCACAGGGAAUCAAUUGGCAAGGAGAUAGAUCGCGAAAAGAAGAAAAUUCAAAAAGAGCUCGCCGACGCGGAAAACAUGAUGAGGAAUCGACUGAGUCUUCCAGAUGCGUCAUCGCCGGGCGACGGAGCCAAAAAACUUAGCCCUCGGUUUCCGCGACGGUAUAGCACUCCGCAAGUUUUGUUAUCUGCUUCCGUGUCUCCCCGUAAUUCUUCCGACCUUGAUAAACGCUCUCCGGCGGCUGUUAGGAAGAGGAUUUCUUCCGAGGGAACAACGGACAUCGAUUUGACAGAACGUACAUUGAUAAGUCCCACACGUCCGCUCAGUCCAACAGCUUUCUUACUCCCGCCGCUCAGUCAACCGAGGAGGCAGUCUUUACCGCCUAUAGGCGCUGGGGGAUCUCUAGUUGCUGCUGAUACAUCUAAACUCACUGGAGAAGCGCUUUCAGGAAGCCUACCAGGGACGCGCAGAGGAAGCUGUACCGCUGGGAAUAAAUCUUCGCGAGCAUCUCUUUCACCGACCUCGCUGAGCCCGAGGUCAUCGCCAAGAAAAGGUAGUGCAGCUAAUGAAAGUGAACUUGAAGGGGUUGCUAGUAAAGUCAACCGGUUUUUGCAAAGAAUGGAGUUGAGUAAACAAGAAGAAACGUCUUCUAGCAUUGACAACAAAGAAGAAGAUUUACCAUGUGAAAAAGAAGGUGAAACUGAAUACAUUCACCCUUUGAGUGACCGGACUGUGAAAACAGCAUCGGCUUUUCAGCCUUCUAACUUUGAAUAACACAUUGUCAAUUUUUUAAGCACU